UUUCACCUCGCUGAUCAUCUAAAAAUCAGACGUGCUGGUUUGAUACUCGAAGUCAGUCUGGGGCUGCUGUGCCGGUGAUAUGAUGAGGGUCUACUGGGCAACUAUUGCUGCCAUCUGCUUGGGGCAUGCAGGUAAACCUCAUUGAGCGAGUUCAAGAGACUGGAUCAUCAAUGGACGUGAAGCAAAACCAAACAGUCGACCCUACAUGGCUGCUUUGUAUGGGGGAUUAGAAACCACACGUUUUGUUUGUGAUGGAUUUCUAAUCCGUGAAGACUUUGUGUUGACCGCUGCUCACUGCAAGGAAAAGUCAAUGAUUGUGAAGCUUGGCGUACAUCGCUUGUCUAAACCCAUGAAGGCCUGGCAAGUGAUAAAAGUUAAAGAGGUUUUCACUCACCCAAAGUACACCUUGAAACCAAUGAGGAAUGACAUCAUGUUACUAAAGCUCGCCAGUCCUGCCAAGUUGAAUCAAAAUGUGAGUCUACUUGCACUUGCUGAGCGAAAGGACAAAGAUGAACGAACUGGAAUGUCCUGCUUCAUUCUAGGAUGGGGUACAAAUGAAACGGGUGGGUCACCAAGUGACGUCCUGAUGGAGGCAGACAUCAGCAUUACUGACCAGAAGAAAUGCAUUGAGAUAUGGAGCAAAGACUUAGUGACGGCAAAUAUGAUCUGUGCUAGAGGUGCUCGUAAUCAAGGGAUCUGCCAAGGCGAUUCUGGUGGCCCAAUGGUAUGCAAAAAGAAAUCUAUUGGCAUUGCAUCUUUUACUGGUCCAAACUGCAAUAAUCCAUGCUACCCUAAUGUCUACACGAGGGUGUCUUCAUAUCUGGUCUGGAUAAAGCAAAUGUUGAAGAAUCAUCCCCUUAACUAAUGCACUUUCAUCUUUUAAUUAAAGCUUCUGUUCAUCAGUUUUGAAAAUCAUUCUCUUACGUUCUGCUGCCACACAGCUCCUGGGUUCUGGCUUCAAAUCCCAGUCAGGGCACUCAUUGUGUGGGAUUUGCAUGCUCUCCUUGUGUCUGCAUGAGUUCUUUUGCAUAAUGACUCACUCUACAGACAAGCAGAUUAGGUGAAAUGGUGACUCUAAACUGGCCUGGUGCCUUGUGACAAAUUCACAUCUCAUACAGGGUUGCAUUUUUCUCUAGCACCCAGUACCACCAGCAAAGGGUCAGCGCCCUACAAUCUUGAUCUGGCGUUUAUAGAUGACAAGCCAGAAGAGCUCCUUUGCAAAAGACCUUUCCACUUUUGAAAAGACUGUGCAUUACUGUUGUCUCAAAAACAAGUUAUAUAAAAUUAAAGAAAGCAAGGUUUA